UUAUAGUCUUGUUUUGUGGCGAACAGAGGGAUACGAAAAUUAGCUGAGAAAAUUCGUGUGGAAAACGCAACUAGAGGGCCGCCAAGAUGCUGUCCAUGCUGCAGGAGAAACGUCCGCUGAAGCGCACCCGCCUGGGUCCGCCGGACAUCUACCCGCAGGACGCGAAGCAGCGCGAGGACGAGCUGACGCCCACGAAUGUGAAGCACGGCUUCACGACGACGCCGCCGCUGUCUGACGAAUUUGGGACGGCCCACAACUCGAAUGUGAAUGCCAGCAAGGUGAGCGCCUUCUUCAGCGGCGUGCUGGCCAAGAAGGAGGAGCUAAUGACCCUGCCGGACACGGGGCGCAAGAAGCAGCAGAUCAACUGCAAGGACAACUUCUGGCCCGUCUCGCCGCGGCGCAAGUGCACAGUGGACGCCUGGUUCAAGGACCUGGCCGGCAACAAGCCCCUGCUCAGCCUGGCCAAACGGGCGCCCUCGUUCAACAAGAAGGAGGAGAUCUUCAUCACGCUGUGUGAGAAUCAGGUGAACAUGCAGCGCGCCACCUGGUUCAUCAAGCUGAGCGCCGCCUACACAGUGAGCUUCACGGAGUCCAAGAACAAGAAGCGCAGUAUCUACGACCCAGCCGCCGAGUGGACCGGCAACAUGAUCAAGUUCAUGAAGGAGUUGCUGCCCAAGCUGCAGGAGUACUAUCAGCAGAGCCACGACAAGUCUCCGGCAAACGGUGGCACUCUGGGCAGCCUGACUGCCUCUGGAAAUGGUUCUGGUAGCAAUGGGACCACCGGCCCCAGCUCCAUUAAUUCCGUCGCCGGCAGCAGUGCUCCGUCAAACGUAAUUCCCGUUCCCAGCAUGGCCAGUCCCCUGCCUCCGAUCCACAGUCCUGCAAAUGGACAGCAGGGAGCAGCCGGCGUGGGAGGAGUGGGAUCUGGCAGUGUGGUGCCGGCAGCGGGAACUCUGGGAGGAGUCGUCGGUGGGCCCGGGUCUUCAGUGGUUGGAGGCGCCCCUGGGGCGGGAGCUGCUGUGCCGCCAGGCUCCACCAUUUCCGGGAUCGGGAGCCAGUUCGAAGACAGCCGUAAUGCGCUGAAGUACUGGAAGUACUGCCACCAGCUGAGCAAGUACAUGUACGAGGAAUCGUUGCUGGACCGGCAGGAGUUUCUAAACUGGAUUCUCGACUUGCUGGAUAAGAUGCGCACCCAGGCGAGCUUUGACGAGCCGCUGAAAAAGCUGGUGCUCAGCUUUGCCCUUCAGUACAUGCACGACUUUGUUCAAUCGGAGCGUCUUUGCCGGAAGAUGGCCUACAUAGUGUCAAAGAAGCUGGCGCAACUGCUCAACACUGUGGUCGAGCAACAGGCCAUUAAGGACCUGGACGAGCAGAAGUUGCAACACGAUCCCUACGAGCUGGCGUUGCAGGAGCAGAUGAGUUGUCCCCAUCACCGGGACAUUGUGCUUUAUUUGAGCACGAUCCUGCAGAUCAUAACCAUCGAGUGCCCCACGGCACUGGUCUGGAGCGGAAUAGCGGCUCACCGAGCACCUUCCUCGCUGUUGGGCAGUCCACUGGACCAUCUGCCGCUGGCGCCUUCAGUGCUGCCGAUGCCCACGCGGUGUCCGCGAACCAACCAGGAGAUCAGGCGUCAACUGCGGGCAGCCGAGUCGGACAUUGUGCUGCGCACCCAGCACGCUGAGCAGCGCUGGUUCGCGGCCAAGUGGCUCAGUGCCGGCAAGAACCACUAUACCAGUGUGCUGGCCACGCUGGACCACCUGGACACGCACUGUUUCGACCGGAUGGAGCACAACAACAGCAUAGACACGCUCUACGCCCAUAUAUUUCCCAGUCCCAGCGCAAGUCGUCGGCGCGAGGAGGAUCAACUGGAGCCGCGUCCAGCCUACGAGCCGAAGCAGGACAAGGACACGGUGCGCAUCCUGUGCGAGUGGGCCGUGUCCGGGCAGCGCUGGGGUGAGCACCGGGCCAUGGUGGUGGCCAUACUGCUGGACAAGCGCCAGAUAGACGUAACCAGCACGCCGGCGGAUCAGCAGUCCAGUGAUAAGGACGACAAGGACUCGCUGGCCUCUGGCGCCGGCUUGAUCGAUGGCCUGCCUGUGUUCCAGCACGUGCUGAUGCACUUCCUCGAUCACGACGCUCCCGUUCUGGACGAACAUGCAAGCAGCAGCCAGCAACGCACCGAGUUCACCAAUCUCGUCCAGCUGUUUAGCGCAUUGAUCCGUCACGAUGUCUUCUCGCACAACGCCUACAUGCACACACUCAUUUCGCGGGGGGAUCUUCUGCUGGAGUCCGUGCUGGUGAUCAAGUCGGGGACGACGGCCACGAAGACAUCGCCACCACCUCCGGCGCCGCCACCGACGACAACGCACGGAUUCGAUGACGACGGCUUCGGCGGGGGCCUUGACUUCAAGCACAAUGAGUUCGACGACUCCAAUGUGGACGAUGACCUGGACAAGCUGGUGCAGAACAUCAAGGAGAAGGGCCAGCAGCACGAGGCGCCCGACAGCCCCAAGAUCGGUGCGCCGGGCGACGGCGAAACCAGCUCAGGUGGAAGCAUAUCGCGCCACUACGUGUACACCAAACACUUUCCCAUACCGCAGGACGAUCCCAGCAUGAGCAGCUACAGCAGCGAGAGCAACCAGCGCUACAUCCUGCUCUUUGGAGUGGGUAAGGAGCGGGACGAGAAAAAGCACGCCGUGAAGAAGAUGUCCAAGGAGAUCGGCAAGUUAUUUACCAAGAAGUUCAGCAUCGAUGUGGCCGCCGCUGGCCAUGUGAAGAAGCAUUCGCGCAACGAGUUCAAUUUCGAGGCCACCACGUCCAAGUGCCAGCAGAUGGCCUACUUCGACCAGCACGUGGUCACCGCUCAGUGUGCGGCCAAUGUGCUGGAGCAGCUCAAUGGCUUCGCCUUGGGUAACAACAACUACCUGCCGGUGCAGGAGCAUGUGGCCUUCCUGUUCGACCUGAUGGAGCUGGCCCUCAACAUCUACAGUCUGCUGGAGCUGUGCGACAGCCUGCUGAAGGAGUUGCCCGAGGUGGAGCACCAGUUGCAGCUGAAGAAGUCGAACCUGGUGCGCAGCUACACCACCUCGCUGGCCCUCUACAUUGUGAGCAUCCUGCGGCGCUACCACAGUUGCCUGCUCCUUUCGCCCGAGCAAACGCUGUCGGUUUUUGAGGGCGUCUGCCGCACCAUCCGGCACGUGUCCAAUCCGAGCGAGUGCUCCUCGGCGGAGCGCUGCAUCAUCGCCUAUCUGAGCGAUCUGCACGAGUCCUGCGUUCUGCUGCAGGGCAAGGAGCAGUCCACGGAGUACUACCAGCAGCUGCAGUGCAUCAAGCGCUUUAAGGACAUCUUCAACACACCCGAGCAGCUCAGCCUGCCCCCACAGGGCUAUAAUCCGCAGCUGCUGCAGGAGCUGUUUGUGGCUCCUCGUCGCGGUGGCAAACUGGAUCCUCACUGGCUGGGUACGCUGCACGAGUCGCCGGCCAACGUGUACAGCUUCGUGUCCAACGCUUUGAUCGCCGUAUGCCGAGAGACGGACAACGAGCGGCUGAACGACGUGGCAUUGGCGUGUGCCGAACUCACAGCCAGCUGCAACGUGCUGUCCGAGGAGUGGAUCGCCGCCCUGCAGAGCCUGUGCAGCGGCAGCAAGAGUCCGCGAUACCCACAUCUGGGCGGGCAGGUGGACAUUGGCCAGGGCAAGACGCACAACGCCCUGGCCGUCUUCGUUUGCAUCCUGGUGGCGCGGCACUGCUUCUCCCUGGCGGACUUUGUGAGUAAGUUUGCCCUGCCGACGUUGGCGCGAUCGGUGAGCGCUGGCGGAGCCGAACUGAGCGUGGACGCGGAAGCGGGAGCUCGUCUCACCUGCCACCUGGUACUGAAGCUCUUCAAGACCCUGGAGAUCCCACAGCCGGGCAUGUACUCCGUGAGCACGUCCCCGAAUCCGCUGCACGCCGUGGGCAACGACUUCAGCAUUCGAUUGAGCUGCGAUCGUCACCUACUGGUGGGCGCCCACAAGACCAUACCCAUAGCCGCAGUGCUGGCCGUGCUCAAGGCAAUCCUCAUUGUGGUGGACAACGCGGCGCUCAAAACUCCAUUGGCCGUUGGCAGUGGGUCUUCCUCCUCCGGCGGCUUGGGCGGCGCCUUUGGAAGCGGCAAGCGCAGUGGCUUCAAUACGCCAGUGCAUCCGGGCAGCACGCCAAAAAGCAACGAGCUGCGACCCGCCGACCUAAGCCAAAUCCUGGGCACCAGCGACCUUCAGCUGGGCAGCAGCUUGACCAGCGAACCAGAAGCCCUGCAACAGCCGUCGGUCGGCGGCAUGGAGCAGAUCUCACUGCUGGAGUUCGCCCAGGCGGUGCUCAAGCAGAUCUGCGCCCAGGAGCACGUGCUGGAGCGGUGCCUCAAGAACGCAGAGCAGCUGUGCGACAUGAUAAUCGACGAAAUGCUGACCGCCAAGCAAGCGCAGCGCGUGCUGCACAUGAUCUGCUAUCCGGAGGCUGAGUUCAACAUCAUCUCUGAGCUGGACCAGCGCUCGAUGAUCGUCCGCAUCCUGGAGAAUCUGGGUCAGUGGACAUUGCGAAUCUCGUGGCUGGACUUGCAGCUUAUGUACCGCCAAUCGCUGAGCAACAACGCGGAGUUGAAUGUCUGGCUUGACACGGUGGCCCGCGCGGCCAUCGAUGUCUUCCACAUGGAGGAGGUCGUUCUGCCGGGCGCCUUGAAGGCCACGCACAAGCCCAAACCGUCCACCUGGCUGGUGGCUCCGCUGAUCGCCAAGCUGACGCCCGCAGUUCAGGGCAGGAUUCUGCGAGUGGCUGGUCAGGUUCUUGAGAGCAUGAACUACUUCUCCAAGGUGCCCAAGUCGGAUUGCAAUAGUUCGGGCAGCGGCGACGAGCGGGAGAAGAGCAACAGUUGCCACAGCAGCAACAGCUAUGGACUGGGUGGCGUUGCAGCCCGCAACAAGAAGAUGCCGCUCAACUACCAGCCCUUCCUGGGACUCAUUCUCACCUGCCUCAAGGGCCAGGAUGAGUACAAGGAGAACCUACUGGUCUCCCUCUAUGCUCAACUCUCCCAGUGUCUGCAGUCCUUUGCUGAGUUGGACACAAUUGGUGGGGUUGAUGAGCCGCAGGCACGCGAGGAGAUUCUGGAUGCCUUGCAGUUGCGCUUCUCCCUGGUGGGCGGAAUGUUCGAGGCCAUUCAGAAGAACAGCACGCCCACCACGGACUGGGCCAUUCUCUUGGCCCAACUGGUGUGCCAGGGUGUAGUUGACCUCAGCUGCAACCGGGAACUCUUCACCACCGUGGUGGACAUGCUGGCCACCCUGGUGCACUCGACACUGGUCUCUGAUGACGAGCGGCACUACAUGAACCUAAUGAAGAAGCUGAAGAAGGAGAUUGGCGAGAAGAACAACGCCUCCAUUCGGGUCAUCCGGCAGCUUCUUCCGCUGUAUAAGCAACCCACCGAGGUGAUUGCCUGUGAGCACGCCGGCAUGGACACCAAGGGCAACAAGAUCUGCGACAUGGACAAGAAGCAGCUGCGCAUAUCGGACAAGCAGCGCAUCAGUGUGUGGGACAUCCUGGAGGGCCACAAGAACCCGGCGCCCCUCUCGUGGGUGUGGUUCGGUGCAGUGAAGCUGGAGCGCAAGCCUCUAACCUACGAGGAAGCGCACCGCAACCUCAAGUACCACACGCACAGUCUGGUCAAGCCCAGUAGCUACUACUAUGAGCCACUGCCACUGCCGCCCGAAGAUAUUGAGCCCGUGCAAGAGAAGAUUUGCAUUAAGGACGAAAUGAAGGCGGACACGCCUUCGUCGGUGGAUCAGUCGCCCAGUGCUGUUCCUCCACCUGGAAGAGGUCGCGGCAAGGGAACGACGACGCGGAAACGAAAGCCCAAGAAUCCCAAGACGCCGCCCGUGGUCAACACUCAGCAACAACAGCCGCAGUUGGCGCCACAGCCACAGCAGGCGCAGAAUGUGCAGCAACAGCAAAUGCAGCAACAGCAGCAGCAACAACAGCAGCAACACAUGCAACAGCAGCAGAUGCAGAACAAUCCGAUGGGUCAGAUGCCAAUGAACAUGCCGAUGAACAUGCAGCAGUUUGCGCCCAAUCCGAACAACAUGAUGCAGCAGAAUGCCAUGUUGCAGCAACAGCAGCAGAUGCAGCAAAUGGGCAACAAUCCGCUGCAGCAGCAGCUGAAUGUGGGCGGUGGCAACGGUCAGCAGAAUCCCCAGAUGAACUUCAUGCAGCAGGGACCGGGUGGCGGCGGGGGCGGGCCUCAGGGCAUGCCUGGCCAGCAGCAGCAGUGGCACAAUGCCCAGCAGCAGCAGCAACCGCCCCAGCCGUACCACAAUCAAUACGCACCGCACCAGCAGAACAUGCAACCAAACCGCAUCGAGAGGCCACCGCUGAAUGCGAACUCCAAACAGGCUUUGUCUCAAAUGCUUCGCCAGCGUCAGCCAUUCCAGCAGCAGCAGGCGCAACAGGGACCCGGCGGCAGCUUCAAUCCGAUGCAACAGCAACCGCAGCCGGCGCAACAGCAGCCGGGUCCUCAGCAGCAGAUGAAUCCCAACCAAAUGCGACAGCAGCAAAUGAAUCCCCAGCAGAACCCACAGUCGGUGGCCGCCUUCAAUGCCAUGCAACAGCAGCAGCAGCAGCAGAGUGCGCAGCAGCAACAGAUGAACCCCAACCAGCAGACGCAGCAGCAGUUCUUGCGCGGCGGCAACAUGCGACCCGGCAUGGCGCCCAACCAGAUGAAUCAAAUGAACAUGGGCGGCCAGGGCAUGCCGCAGAAUCCGAUGAUGCAGCAGCAGAUGCCGCAAAACAUGGUGGGCAUGGUCAAUCCGAAUGCCAACCAAAUGAUGCAGUCUGGUGGCGGCCAGGGAGGCAAUGGAGUCGGCGUUGGAGUUGGUGUCGGAGUGGGCGUUGGCGUGGGUGUGGGCGGUGCCGGCAACAAUCCCAACAUGGGCAUGGGUGGCAUGCCACAGCAGGGAAUGAUGCAGCAGCAGCCGCAGCAACAACCGCAGCAACAGGUGCAAUUCCAGAACUUUCAGAAUCAGUACCAGCAGCAGCAGCAACAGCAGCAGCAGGGAAUGCAACAACAAGGCGGCGGAGCAGGCGUUGGAGUGGGCGUGGGCAUGGCGCCCAAUCAGCAGCAACAGCAGCAGGCCAACAUGAUGGGCAACUUCAAUCCGCAGAUGCAGCAGGCGAAUCGCAACAACCCCGACUUCAUGGCGGUGGCAGCUGCCCAACAGCAGCAGCAGCAACGCGUUGUUCCCGGCGGAAUGAUGGCCGGCAACCGCAACCAGUACAUGAACCAGGCGCCCAACGUUACGAUGACCAACAUGAUGGGUCCGGGUCCCGGCGGAGUGGUGGGUCAGGUGCCUCCGUACGCCCGUCAGCAGUCGGCGGGCGGCGGCAAGCCAGGCGUCCUGAACACCCAGCAACAGUUCCAGCAGCAGCAGCAGCAACAACAGCAGCUGAGGCACCAGCAAAUGAUGCAGAUGCAGGGCAUGGGCGGUGGCGCCGGCGGGGGAAUGGGCUCCGGACCGCAGCAGGCGGGCGGAGCAGUCGGCGGAGGCGGUGGGGGCGGGAUGGUGCCGCAGCAGCAGAGCAUGAACCAGCAGCAGACCCCGAACCUGGUGGCGCAGCUCCAGCGGCAGAACAUGAUGGGCCAGCAGCAGCAGUACCAACCGCCACAAUAUUAGAUCGUAGACACUCCUUAGUUGUAAGCCUAGUCCUAAUCAUUUAUUUAUCAGAUGUAUUUGCAAUAAACGUACAUUCAAAACAAAAAUAAAACUUAAA